AAAAAAAUACCAAGAUCUGAAAUUAGUUGUACCGGGUAUCUCGUCUAGUCGUUUGAGAUGGCAGAAGACGGGAAGUUCCGAAAUGAAAAGUUCGAUGGUACAGAUUUCAGUUGGUGGAAAAUGCAAAUUGAAGAUUUACUGGUUCAGAAAGAUUUGGACGUGGUAUUGGGUGACAAACCAAAACAGAUGUCAGAUGCAGAUUGGGCUGGUUUGGAUCAGAAAGCUAUGUCCGUGAUCCGUCUUUCGUUGACCAAGAAUGUUGCGUUCAACAUUCUAAAGGAGAAGACAGCAAAGGGAAUUAUGCAAGCGUUGUCUAACAUGUACGAGAAGCCAUCUGCAGCGAACAAAGUUUUUCUGAUCAGAGAGUUGGUGAACACAAAGAUGAAAGAAGGCACUUCAGUUACCGAGCAUAUCAACAAUUGGUCCGGAACGGUUACAGCGGUUACCGGUUCAGUGGGACCUGAUGGAUUCACCUUUGAUCAGAUUCGAGAUCUCGUUCUUGGCGAGGAUGUCAGAAGAAAGAGUUCAGGGGAGUCAUCUGGUGAAUUGCUUCAUGUUGGUAGAGGCAGAAGGAAUAGCAGAGCGGACGACAGAGCUCUUGAUGUGACGGGCAUGGGUGACAUAGUGCUGAAGACCCCAGUCAGUUUCUGGACUUUGAAGGAUGUCAAAGUUGUUCCAGCCUUGAAGAAAAGUUUGAUUUCUGUCAGGCAGUUGGACGAACAGGGACAUGAGGUGAAGUUCAGAGAUGGGCAGUGGAAGGUCGUGAAGAGAAAUCUUAUCAUGGCCCGUGGAAAUAAGAGAGGUUCGUUGUAUAUGGUCGAGUUACCAUCUGAGGGAGUGACCGUCCCAUUUCAGAAGAGAAACAAAGUCCGGUUCACAGAGUCUCAUGGGCAGAAUAAGGGCCGCUGCAACAGGAGAGCUGAGGAAGAUUACUCGAUGUACAGGGAAUCGUGGUGGAUGACAGUUGAUGACUAUCAAGCCUCCAAGUGGGAGAAUGUUGGGUUUGUGGAGGCUUGUGCUUGACUUUUGGCCCGACCCAUGUUACAAAACCCUAGAUGCACUCUUCCUAUAUAUAUUGCAUACUUGUACUUGUAAUCGACGCCACAGUGAAAUAAGAAAAUCCUCCUGUUGCAACCGUGGAUUAGGGAAACCGAACCACGUUAAAUUCUUGUGUGUCGUUUGUGUUUCGUUUUCUCUCGUUUCUCGCAGAUUAUUUGUGUGUGUGUUGUGUGUUUAAUUCCCAACACAAAAAGCUGAACUUAAAAAAUAAUCAUCCUCACUGAACAAAGCACAAUCAACUAACUAAACACAGCGAAUUAAACAGUGGAAACCGUA